AUGUCUACUGACCUUUGGCUACCGGGCGACAGUGUAGCCGUCGCAGAGUUGCAAAGUGGUGACAUCUACAGGCCGGAGUUUCUCGAUUUCGUCAAGUCUACCAUCGCGGCGCUUGACGGGGACUUGGCCAAUUUGAGUCAAGAUAUUCACUCACUCCCGGAGACACGCUUCGAAGAAUUUCACGCUCACGAUGUUUUGACGGCGUACCUAGAGAAGCAAGGUUUCGAAGUCACUCGGAAAUAUCUUCUUGAGACUGCCUGGGUAGCCAAGUACUCUCAUGGGUCCGGUGGCCGCACCCUUGGGGUGAACUCGGAAAUGGACGCUCUCCCAGGAAUCGGCCACGCCUGCGGACACAAUUUAAUUGCCAUCGCAGGUGUCGCUGUGGCAUGUGCGGUGAAGGCGGCGCUCGUCAAGUUCGACAUAGCCGGAACUGUCGUUCUUCUGGGAACACCAGGUGAGGAAGGUGGUGCAGGUAAAGCUAUCCUGCUCGAGCGCGGCGCAUAUCAAGGGUUGGAUGCCUGCUUGAUGUGCCAUCCUGCCCCAGGACCUCCGUUCUCCGCGAGUUUGAGUAGCUGCCUUGCUCGACAGCGUGUUGAUGUUGAAUUCGUUGGCCACACUGCCCAUGCCGCUUUGUCGCCCUGGGAGGGCCAGAACGCCCUCGACGCAGCGGUGCUCGCGUACACGAACAUAUCAAUGCUUAGGCAGCAGCUCAAGCCAACCCAUCGUGUGCAUGGCAUCUUUGAAGGGAAAGAUUGGACGCCAAAUAUCAUCCCGGACUAUGCAAAGAUGAUAUGGUACGUGCGCGCACCUACUCGACCGGAAGUCGAUGUCGCUGUGGAACGCAUCAAGAAAUGCUUCGAAGGAGCAGCUCUCGCUACGGGAUGUCGUGCUCAGAUCGAGAUGGGCAACGGCACCUUCGAAUUGAGGCAGAACAAGGCUCUCAGUGAUGAGUUUGCAGAAGUAUUCACGAAGACUGCUGGGCCCAUCGACUUCGUGUACGGGAUCUCCCAGGCCUCAACGGACUUCGGGAAUGUUACAUAUGCUUUACCCGCCAUUCACCCUUCCUUCGCGAUCCCGACGAGCGGAGGGAAUCACACCAAGGCGUUCACCGACGCCGCGGCGACGAAGGAGUCCCACAAAGCCUGUCUUAACAUCUCUGAGGUGCUCGCUGCAGUCGGCCUACGCCUGUUAACGGACGACGGUUUCUUCAAUAAGGUACACUUCUAA